AUGCGCGAGCUCGUGCACAUCCAGGGAGGUCAGUGCGGCAAUCAGAUCGGUGCCAAGUUCUGGGAAGUCAUCGCCGAUGAGCAUGGAAUCGACCCUACAGGCACCUAUCAUGGAGACUCCGACCUCCAACUGGAGAGGAUCAACGUUUACUUCAACGAGGCAACUGGCGGCCGCUAUGUGCCCCGUGCAGUCUUGAUGGAUCUUGAACCAGGCACCAUGGACAGUGUUCGAGCUGGACCUUUCGGCCAAUUGUUCCGUCCUGACAACUUCGUGUUUGGUCAGACUGGGGCAGGCAACAUUGUGGCUGAAUACAGAUAG